AUGAAGUGUGUGUGUCUGCAGCAGUGGUGUCAAGCCACAGCUGUCAUGUUCAUUCACACACUGGCCUGGUCCUGGACAGGCACAAUUGAACACGCCCCCAAAAUUGACGGAUGGCACAAGUCAGCAAUCACAUUACAGGAGAAUGUGACGCACAAAUUCAACUGCCAAUCCGAUGGUUGGGAUCCCCGUGCCCCGCCUUUGCUGACCUGGUACCUGAACGGGGAGCGGCAGAGUGAGCCGUCACCACAACACGGGCGUCUAGUGAUGACAUCACAUGAGGAGUCGGAGGUCAUGAGGCCCGGGUCACACCACAACAGCACCUUCUCUCUGCGGGCCAGAAAGUGGGACAGAGAACUGGUGUGUGCUGCCGACAACCCUCGCACAGGAGAGAGCUACAAUGCCACCGUCACACUCAACGUCCAGUUCCAGCCAGAGAUCCUCAGAGUCAAUGCUCACUACAGUGAAACCUCAGACCCUGGCCUCUCCCUGGUCCUCUUUGCCUUGGUGAGAUCUAACCCCCCUGCCACCAUCACCUUUGUGGACCAGUCUGGUCAGUUGGUGGCCAACACCUCCAACUUCCUCAUCCUGGACUCACGGAGCUACCCCUGGCUGACCAACCACACGCUGAGGGUGACACUCAACAGCCUAUCUGGGAACAUCUCACUGAAUGCCAGUAAUAGUGUUGGAGCGGUGGAAAGCAACCUCACGUUGGCAGAGUUCCUGCAGUCUCGUGUCGAGGUGCCAAUGCUAGGCAUUGUGACUGGUGGCACUGUGGCUUUCAUGGCCCCCCUAAUCCUCAGUCUGAUAGUACUCUGUCUCAUGCAAAAGAACAAGACCAAGGUUAUUGAUGAGCCACUGGAGAUUCUGAUGACCAAAAAAAGUGAUUCGGCUAAUCUAAAGACCGAGAUGGUGGAUAAAGCUUACCUCCCGAGAGAAAAUAUGUCUCUGCCUUCCAACAUGAAGCUCAAUGACCUCAGCACGCUGAGAAAAGCGCAGGAGACAGCCCAGCAGAACAGUGUAGGUGACAAGAGGAAGAGGGAGGAAGAGGAGGAUCUGUCUGCUGCCUAUGCUGCCAGAGGUUUUGCCAGGUACCCCAUGGUGGGCUACUUCUAUAGGGUCAACAGCACAAGCAGCGAAGAAAUAUGGCUCUAA